GCGGCAGAAGAUUUGCGCAUCUUCUGGUGGCCGACAAUGGGCACGGUCACGGCCUCGAGGUCGAGUGCCAAGCUGCGAGCCACGUACACAGCUUGCAAGGUAUUUCUCGUGAUUCUCGUCGUCACCGCCCUCGCGUUCGGUGUGCGAUAUGUCGUCAUGGCCCACACCCACAUCAUCAACGCCGACUGGGUCGAGAGCCACCGCGAUAUCAGCGGGUUUGUCUGCGUCCUCGCUCUCUGGACCUGUGUGCUCACGGGCGUACCCUGCACGCUUCUCGAGACCUUUUCUGGCGUGUACUUUGGCUUUGGUUACGCAAUCCUCAUCAACACCGCGGGCACGGUCCUUGGAUCAGCACUUGCGUUUGGUGUCGCGCGAGCGUGCGGCGAACGCCUCGGCGCCUACCUCAUGGCCAGGUACCCACUCGUGCUUGCGCUGCACCACCUCUUCGAGUCCCCCGAGACCAACUACCGCGUGCUGUUCUGUAUCCAGCUCGCAUACGUGCCAGUGACGCUCAAGUGCUACAGCUUGAGUGUCCUCGGCGUUCCCUUUUGGCCCUUUCUUAUCUCAAAUUUUGUCUGCGGUCUCCCGCUGGGCGUGUUCUGGGCCUACGUCGGCAGCGUCUCUGGCAACAUCAAGGACGUCCUUGCCGGCGGGGGCACACUCUCCACUGAUCACAUUGUUGUUCUGGUCACAAGCCUUGUCGUCAGCAUUUUUGGUCUCGGCCUCAUCUGGUACUAUACCCGCAACGAACUCCGGCGAAUGCAAGCGUCAGCCCACAGCGGAACCAAGGCGACCAUCGACGUGCUGUCUGCGUCGCAGGAGACACCGCAGCAGGUGAUUUUGAUGCCGGGCAGGUCCAUGCCACCGCCUCUGUUUGCGUCGAGCGUCGACACGCCUCGUCACCCCAGUGUGUAAGCUGACAACGUUGGUGCCAAUGAAGAGACGUCGUCGAAUGUAUUACCGAAAAGCGCG